ACCCAACACACACACACGCACACACGCACACCCGCACACCAACGCCCCCAAGAGACCUCCCUCUGCGUUCUUCGUGUUCUGCAGUGAGUACCGUCCCAGUGUGAAGCAGCAGUAUCCCGGUCUGUCCAUAGGAGACUGUGCCAAGAAACUGGGAGAGAUGUGGAGCAAACUGUCCCAGUCUGAGAAGCUGCCCUACGAGGAGAAGGCCCAGAAACUACGAGAGAAGUACGACCGGGACAUGGUGGCGUACCGCGGCGGCGGGACGUACGCCAGCAGGAACCCCGGGUCCUCGGCUCAGGGAGGAGAGGAAGAGGAGGACGAGGAGGGAGAGGACGAGGACGAGGACGAGGAGGACGACGAGUAGAGACAAGAGCUGCAGCUGGAUGAGAGACAGACAGAGAGAGAGAGAGACUGAGAGAGUGAGACAGGUGGGUCUGUGUGUGUUUCAGAGGGACAGACGGCUGAGGACCAGGACGUGUCUCUGACAGGACAUACACACACACGCACACACACACACACACACACACACA